AUGCUCCAAGGACUAUUCCCCAGCAGCUACAUAUCGUGCGAAGUCCAGGAUUCACUAAAACCUGGAUUUGUGGUCCGACCACUCCACCCAGAUGACUAUGAAAAAGGGUUUCUUGAAACACUCGGGAUGCUUACUACAGUAGGCAAAAUGUCAAAGGGUCAAUUUAUGGAACGCUAUUCCUAUUUGAAGGCUCAUAAUCAUGAAUAUUUUACGAUUGUGAUUGAAGAUACAGUCAAAUCUUUGAUUGUUGGAGCUGGAACCAUUCUUGUAGAGCGCAAGUUUGUUCAUAACAAUGGCUUGGUUGGACAUAUUGAAGAUAUUGUCACUCGUUCAGACUACCGUGGCAUGAAUCUUGGCAAACUUGUUAUUGAAACACUCAAAUUCAUUGGGAAAAAGACCGGAUGCUAUAAAAUUAUUUUGGAUUGUUCGGACAAGAACAUUCCUUUUUACGUCAAAUGUGGGUUCACUCAGAAAGAAUACGAGAUGGUUUUGUAUAUCCCUGAAAACGACACCCAGUCUGCUUCCAAGCUUUGAUAGGGAAAUGAUGCUUGUUUUAUUUAAAAAAUAAACUCAACCCAACAACA